AUUUGUGCUCAAUAUUCAUUCAUAUACGGGGUAGAAUAUAGCAGACUAGUUUCGUUCUAGUGCUGGAGUUUAUAUGUUCACUAAAAUAUAUUUAUUAGCUAUGUGUGUGCUUAUUUAAUUCUUUAAAAUGAAGAGAUCAGUUCUCGUUGGUAGAAGUUACAAAGAGAAAGAAUCAGCGGACCCUGUCAUUAAAAAGUUGACGAAGACGACAUUCGAUGAACCGACGACAGGAACCUUCAAUUUCGCAGACACUUUUAACUUACGACGAGAAAAGAAAGAAUCAGCGGACCCUGUCAAUACAAAGUUGACGAAGACAGCAUAUGACGAACCGACGACAGGAACGUUCAAUUUCCAAGACACCUUUAAUUUACGACCAGAAAAGAAGUGGAAACUAGAAAUUGGAUCUACGGUCAAACCAAAACUAGGCGCUACAUCGAAUCCAGAAAUAGGCGCUACGUCAAAGCUAGAAAUUGGAGCUACGUCAACACGGGAAAUUGGCGCUACGUCUCAACCAGAAGUUGGAACCGAGGUUUUCUCAGGCACAUACAUCGAUCUUGACGAAAUAAACGUACCAGAGAGAGCACCUCAUAGUGUUGUCCGAGAUUCUUUUGUUCGUCAUUCACAGGACAGCGGUGUUACACUAAGAGAUUCAUCAGACCGACUUAAACGCAUUAGACAUAACUUAGACGCCGCAGAAACUACGAGUAUCUCGAGCAGUUUUAUAGAGCUGCAACAGGUUGAAGCGACAGGACAGAGAAGUUCAUUCGUUAGUAUUCAGGACUACGCCGUGUCUCUUGCGGGCUCUUCCGUCGAUACCACUUUUCAGCCGAAAGUUAACAGUGCAACAAUGGCAUCAGCGUAUGAAUUGCGACAAACAGGACAUGCCGCGAUAGGACUUGAGAGCCCAGAAAUGACGUCUACAGCCGCCCUCGGAAGGAGAUCACCAGUCGCUGUGAUCCCUGACCGAACGCUUCAGCUUACACCAAACUCGGUGGCGUCGACAUCAGCACGCCGGAUUGGUGACAUAACGAUAGACGCCAGCAAUAUUGGCAAUCCAUUGGCCAGAACCAUGAGAGCAGAAAUGAGUCGAGAUGCAGCAGCGUUCAUGCCGGAACCAGGCGACCUGGAAUACAUUGGUAGAGCGGGGAUACAGAACCAGCAACGUGAGCCUCAACCAGACGAUAAGAAGGGGGGCCGCUGGAUGCCGUGCAAGUGUGUGACGUUCGUGCUUGUCUGCAUGAUGCUAAUCGCCGGAAUAAUGGCUCUGACCAUUAUACUCCAGAAAAAGAAGAAUUUAGAACCAACACCAUUAGGUUUUGUUUUACCAGAUCCUGUGGCAUACGACGAAUGUCCACCAAGUUCUAUUCGCCUGGGGAAGACCCUCAAUUUCACGUGCACAAUUGAUACGAGCCAUGCACUACGGACAAAGAUCAAAAACGUCAACUUGAUAGAGUUAACAGAUCCAAAGGGCGUAAAGGUGAAAGGUAUUAACUUCAACCCCCGUUAUAAUGGAUACAUUCUUACGAUCUACGUCGAAUCCGGACCUAGCAUGACCUGCAGCAGCCAGGGAAAUUACACGCUGUACUUCAAAAAUAAUGACACUGACGAACUCAUCCAUCAGGAUAAUGUUAUCAUUAGUAUUAAAGAAAGCAUCAUAAGUACCCGAACUGUUCAGACGAUGGUUAAUCCGGUGACAUACUUUAACUGCACCGGCGAGAGAACCAAGUUCGAUUUUACAUGUGCCCUCGAAGGAGACUGUGGCAAUUACCAAGUAGACGUAUUUGCCUCUGUCUACGGCGGGGAAAAAAGCUUCAAUCACAAAAUGACGUGCUCAAACACACAGAAUGCAAUCAAUGGCACAAGGACAGUGUGUAACACAACCUUCACUGAGGCGGAGGUUACAACCCACGCUACAUUAGGGUGUAGGUUUAGAGACACUGCCUCUCAGUACACUACCACUGGGUACCUGCAACUGCCGACAUGCGAGCGAUAUGAGAAUUGUUCCCAGCUAACCUCCAGGUGGUAUGUCAACUGCACAAAAGACUCGGACCAUCUCGGUCUCAUUCACAAUGGCAAUUGCAGCAAUGAUCGUAUCCGUCGAUGCUUCCCAUCCGGCCGACCGCUAUUCAGAUAUGAGAAGGUCCCCUUCUACGACAACAAGUAUGACUGUGGCUUGAAGGCAUUGACAGUGCCCGUGUGUCGUCUGGGAUGGUGCAAAGAAUAUACUCGCAUUGUGAAAGAUGAUAGUCCAGGGGAGCUGCUGUGUAGUUCCACAUUUGAUGAGAAAAAAGCAGACAUAAACAUGCUGACUACUGCACCGUUAACAACGUCACCGACAUCAACGUCCACGCCGGAAACUACGACAACUCCGCCAACGACGCCGUCAACAUCUAAAUCGGAAACUACUGCCACUCUUUCAACCGCGACGUCAACAUCUAAACCGCAAACUACUGCCAUCCUUCCAACCGCGACGUCAACAUCUAAACCGGAAACUACUGCCACCCUAUCAACAGCGACGUCAACAUCUUAAACGGAAACUACUGCUUCCCUAUCAACGACUACGCCCAAAACGUUAAUCGUCAACUUCCGUACACCCAGCAAUGAAAUAUCUCUUUUAAUCAGGAACUACUUUACCAACAGCAACAACGUCGAACCCAAUAUCUGAAUCUUGUGUAGCCUUUGACACAGAGUAAAAUACUAAAUCGGAAACGCGUGUACUCCCGAAACAAGUUCAAACCCUUCAUCAGACAUUACCGUAUCUCUAGAAACGAUAUUAAACCCGAAACCAGAAACAAAUGUACCUCCAGCAACAAAGAAUCAUCCUUUACUUACAAAACUCUUGUUCACCUAUCAACGGCGUCAAACUCUUAAUCGAAAACUACUGUACCCACACACCGUCUUAAAAGCGUUAAACGUAGAAUACUGAAUCUCUAUCAACGACGGUAAAUCCUUAAUAGGAAACUCCCUGAUCCAUGGCAGCAACUUUCACUCUAAAAUCAGAAACUCUGAAAAUAAUGGAAGCCCAUCAAGUAUAUUUACUGUAAUGCACAUUAUGACAGCAUCUGCGACAUCAAUAAAGUAUUAAUCUAAAGCAGAAACCACUGCAACACUGAUAACGUUAUGAUCAUUUCGGAUAAAAAGUGACUUAUUGUUCAAUUAGAAAAUCCCAUACAUUAAAUAUUCGUGGUAAUUAGGUUUAGGCCAAUACUUGUUCUUCGAUCAUGUUCGUGUGUGUGUGUGGGGGGGGGGGGGGUUCAUGUAAUUUCAUAUUUUUGUUGAUCAUAUAAAUAUUACGUUGUUUUCUAUUGUGUCAUUAAGCUUUCUAUGACGAAUCGCAGACUUAAUUUAUGCAAUUAUAAGUAGAGGAUGUUAAUUGCAGAGAGGGAUGUGUUUUUUAUUGUCGCUGUGUUUCUUUUUUAUGCCUACUAGUUUGCGAAAUGUAUUUUCUCUGUGAUUGAAAUAAUUGUUCCGAGAAAAAUUGUGUUCGAUCACUGCCUUGUAAACGUACUUAAAUACUAAAACACUUUAUACUUGAAAAUACUAUUAAUACUUUAUACAAGUUGAACACGUGUGCAACGUCAACCAUUUUUAAGAUUUCGUUUCGUCGGCUCGCUCACCAACAAAUACGCUGACUCACCACGUACAAUAUGAAGUAUAUGACGAAUCUUCGAAAACUUGCCUUGAGUUAGAUUUUUCCCCCGAAGGCAUGUAUAUGUUAUUAUACCACAACGUAUUCAGAACAGCAAGGCAAUCUUUCUUCGCUGGUCAAACUAUAAUCAUUUUGACGGUUUCUUAAAAUCAAUAUCUAGAACUUCUAGUUUGUCCAACAUUUAAACAUAUUUUGCACUUUUAUUAAAAAACAUAAUAUUCGAUGAAUAUGUAUUGUUGCUGUUUUUUGCAUUUUUAUUAAACUUGAAUAAUUGUAUGUUAUAAAUUUUACUAAUAAUUUUAAAAACAAAUAGUAACUUUUAGAUUAACAAAUGAAAGAUUUGUUGACAUAUACAAUUUAGACAAUCAAAGAACGAAUAUCAUACUUUUAGCAGUAUUAGCGUAAGAAGACAAAAGUAUAUGAAUAGGACAAUAUUUUGGUAUAUGUACGAAAUAUUAUUUUACCCUUCAGGUCAAUGAAAUUCGAUAAAAAAAUAUCAUAUCACAUUA